AGUACCGACGUUGACUACCAGCACAGCAGUGCAUUGUUCGCGUCCGUCGGCCGUGGUACCGCGUCACCCGGUGUGCCGCGCGCGCAAUUCUGAUCAUGUCAAAAUCAUAAUAAAUACAAUAAUUCAAUCGAAUAAUUUCAUAAUAUUAUUGUGACAUAUAUAAGUGCUAUACUAUUUGACACACGUGUGGCACGAAACGCGGCGGCUAUGGUAUAGAGUGUGUGAUCUUUCGUGCCGUCCGUCGCGCGCGCUAGUUCGUAUCCUCGUGCACAGUGUUCGGUGCGCGCGCGCGCCCGCGUAUAUAAUAUGUAUAGCGUACGGUAAUAAGUCGCCGCGCGCGGGUCUAGAGAUUGCCGUCGGAGUCGGAGUCGUCGUUCUUUUCCUCGGCGUUCGUUUAAUAUUUCGUUGGUUUUCGAGUGCGUCGCGCGAACGGGGCGCCGGCCACCCCGCCGCCGCCGGUGGCCAAUCAAUGCGUGCCGCUGGUGCCGCCGCCGCUGCCGUCGUCGCCUCCUGUCGACGGCCGCAACACAAGAUUUGAAAAUAAGAAUGUAAUGGUGUAAUACAUUCGUGUAUUACAAGGCAUUCAGUAUGUCAUCUAGAAAAAGCACAGAAACAUAUACCGGUGGGGAGAGUCAAAAACCAUCUUCAGCUUUAUCUAAAACAAAACAAAAAAAAGCAUCUAUCGCAAGUGACUCUCCAUCUGGACCGAUCAAUUUGACAAAAAAGUCUGUUAAGAAACCCAUUCCACUUCAAAAAACUCUMAAAAUUGCACUAAAAAAUAUCAAAACAGCAAAAGUCAUUAAAAAAAAUGAAAAAGAAACUGAAGGCUUGGACGAGAAAAAAGAUUUGGUGAAAAAAUCUACUAAACCAAAGCUAAAAGAGAAAUCAAUUGCAAAAACCGUAAAAAAGCCGGCUGUUAAAAAAGGAAAAAAUGCUAGUUCUGCAGGAAACAGUGAAAAAUGUCACAAGUGGCUAAAAACUAAAAAACCCGUGAAAAAGUCUGAAGAUAAAGAAGAAAAGAAACCUAAAGACAAAGUUCAGAAAGAUAAAAAGGUUAAAGAUGUGAAAAAGAAACCUAUUCCAAAACCGGCAAAAAAAACUGUAGAGGAAGUUGAUUCUAUGAAAUCACGUGUUGAGAUUAAGUCAGAUAAAAAAGAUAAACCUAGAAAAGCUAAAGCAAUUCCUAAAAAUAAGGUAAAAAUAAGCUCAGUUAAGAAGAUUGACGAAAAUCCAACCAUAGAAUGUAUGGACGUAGUAAAAGACGAAAAUCCGGAUGAUGUUGCUUUACUACAAGUUUUUCAAUUAAAAAAUGGUCCAGUUUGUGAUUUUGAUGGAAAUGUCUGUAACACUAUAACAAUUAGACAAGAUAAUACUUGUAUAAAAAUUAAGGAAAUAUCAGUUAGCCAAUUGCCCUACCCCGUAAAAACGGAAGAAAAUGAAAGUAUGGACAUAGAGAAAGAACCAGUAAAAAAAGAAUCUAAGAAUAACUCUGAAAAUCAAAAUACCGAAAAACAAAAUACCGAUCAACUUAAAACUGAAAAACUGAAAACUGAAAAACCAAAAAACGAAAAACAGAAAUCUGAAAAAGAAAAAAAAGAAAAACAGAAAAUUGAAAAAUCUCCAACAAAACUGGUCAAAGUUGAGAAGAAAAAGAAACCAUUGGUAGUAGAUAAAAUCAAAUCAAAAGGAAAAAUAAAAGUGGUUGCACCAAAAACUAAAGUUAAAGGCAGACCUGUGGCCAAGAGACCUAGAGUAGCAUCUCUCAACGCCAUAGCUAAAGUGCAUUGUUUGUACGAGAAUGAAAGUAAAAGUGCAUUGAUUGAUGCUAUGGCAGCCUCUGCAGCUGCUACAAUAAAUGCGGCUUCUAAAAAGAGUAAGAAAAAAUCAGAUGUAGAAAUUCCCGCCAGAAAAGGAAAAAGAACGUCAAAAAGGACAACUCCAGGUUUAAAAAGUGUUGGAAGGCAUUGGGAUAUGCAUGAUACAAGUUCCACUAACAGUUCUUCAUCAGGUUUAGAUGAUGCAAAAUAUGAACCGCCGAAAUCAGCUAAGCGCACGAAAAAGCAGCCAAAAGUUUCAGAACCUGAAAGUACAGAUGAAGAAGAAGAACCUGAAAGGUCUUCUAAAGAAAUCACUUCCCCAACAAGUGGUUCCAAGCGAAAAAGACGUAACGCGGAUACUGUUACUAUGGACCUUAAAGAUAUGGUUGUAAAAAAACGCAUGGCAAGUCUAAACGCAUCAGCUAUAUUAGCAGCAAGCUAUUCGACAGAGAAAAAGUCACCUUCAAAAGGUCAAGAUUGUUCAAAGAAAUCUACCACUAGUUCUGAAACAUCUUCUGAAAGAUCCGAGCCAGAAGAUGACGCGGAAGAUGAAGAUUCUGACGGGCAUAGAGCGUCCACGGUCCGUACAGCUCUUCAGCCAACGCCUUUACCACCCAUUGUACCUCCACCAACGUCACAAAUUGCUGUAAUCGUUAAUCAGGAUACAGAUGUUACAAUCACUACUGGUGUUUACGUCAAUAGUACUACUCGAUCUACAAGACAUGAGGAAUUUUGUACCAUAUCUGGGCUUCAAUACCGUAUAUCAAGUACUAGUCAUACGCAAACCGAAGCAACAGCUGUGGCCACGGAAACUUUACUUCAUGCUGAUCACACGGUUUCACAACAGCCCGCUUCUUCGGUACCAGUGCCGUCUCAGCAACAUCAGCAGCAGCCAGCGGCUCCGCGUCCAUUGUAUGCGCCUUUGACCGCAUUGUCCAGCAUGCAGCCGCCUGGUUCAUCGGGCACUGACCACCAUCCGUCGCCGCAGCAGCCGCUGCCACCGCCACCGCCGUCGCAUCACCGGCGUCAUCACCACCAUCACCACCACAGUGCCCCGUACAACAGCGCGUUUUCUGCGCCACCGCCACCGACUCAAGCCAACGGCGCAUCGUCCGAUGUUUCUGACAUCAGCGGCAAACACGAACAACCAGUACCACUACCGCCACCGCCACCUCCGCCGUACGCCCACGGGUACUACCAACCGGCCGGGCCGCUGAUCACACACCACCUGGUGCCACACCACGUGCACUUGCACCACCCGUCACACGUGAAACAGUCGCUGGCCCCACCUUUGGUGCCCACACCACCGUCGUCGGCCGGCACUGCCGCACCACCGCCCGCCGAGUCGUCCGACACCGAAGUGGUGCCGGUCAGAUCAACGUCGGUCCCGACACCGCCCGGUUAUCGAUACCAGCCGCAGGGACCGUACCAUCCACCGCCGCUGCCGUCGUACUACCCGUCGCCGCCGGCAUCGGCCAGUCUCCAGUAUCCGCCGCCGCCACCACCACAGGUGCCGGCCCACCACUACCUACCGGAGCCACCCAACCCGUGCGCGUAUCCAGGCGGGCCGCACCACCAGCCCGGCUACUUCCAUCACAGCCGUAGCUCGCCAUACCACCACAUACCGUUCCACCACAGACGGCCGCCGGCAGCGCCUUACGGACAGGCCGGUGGACCGCCCACGUACUAUCACGAGUACUACGGGCCUCCGCCACCGGGACAGCCGCCGGCGCCAACCGGUUCGCCAGCGGUACAACAGCAGCAAAUGUUGGUUGCCAUCACCAGGCCCGGCGUUGACCGGCCGGAUCAUCAUCCGGCAGCGCCGCCGCCGCAGCAGCAGCAACCACAGCCGCAGCCGCCGACGCCGCAGCAGCACCAACAACACCUGCAGCACCAGCAACACCUGCAACAUCUACAGCAGCAGCAUCACCACCAGCAGCAGCAACAGUCCCUGCCGCCGCCGGACACUUACCCGGCGCCGCAACCACUUUACUACUCGCCCUACGGUGCGCCGCCMGGGCCGUCUUGCUACUCGUCUGCCCCACCUCGCACCUACGCCGUAGACCCAACGUACCAUUCGUGUCCGUGCCCAAUGCAAUCGUGUCCCAAUCCAAAAAACGGACAUACUGGCCCGCUUACUGGUGCAGUCAGUAAGGGGCCAAAACAUCAUUCGACAGUAGUUACACUUCCGCCUGUGGCAUUGGCACUGCCGCAGGAGCCUCCGCGGGCCCACGGCCCGCCGAGCCCAGCCAGAGGGAGCGCCGGCGUGCCCGGACCACCGCGGUCCGCGAACUCCGGCAGCCCGUGCAAGCAAGUACCGUGGUGCAUGAGUCCGCUGAGCCCAGCCCGCGCGUCUGUGCAACACCUGGCCCCCCAGUCCCCGGCUAUGCUGGCCGCCAAGAACCCCACCUCCGAGUGGAACAACAUCGUCGCCGAAGAGAAGUGCGAUACCACCGGCCUGUUGGCCAUCGGCAAAGUCCUCAGCCAGUCCGUACUGGGUCUGGACCAGCCGAUCGACCAUCACGAAGUCGUUGUGCCGAAAGUCGAACCUAUCGACGACGAGCAACAGCCACAAUCGUAUUACACGCUCAAGGUGGACAUGGCCAGCGAAGGGGACGGCGAUUCCGCGUCUKCGGCCGACGACGACGGUGGUCUUCAUCAGACUAUCGACUUGUCGACCAAGUCGCGAGAACGCCUGGAAGUGACUACUACUGUAUACUGCAACCCACCGGUCAACAACAACGACAAUAUCGACAAUAACAACACCAUCAGCAACAACAACAACAACAACAACAGUUAUUAUAACAUAAACGUAGACGGCGACAAAAUAGUGAUGAAGGGAUCCGCGAAAAGGAAGAAACCCAAUCCUAUGCAGAUCGUAUUGGCGAAAAAAUCGAAAAUACAAGAAGAAAUCGAAGACGUGGACGGUAAUGGCGACGAAGACGCGGUUGCCAUUGUCGUCCGCGAAGAUGAAGACGACUGUAAAGAAAACGUAGAAGAGACGACUAUGACGACGGCGGCGCCAAUGACCACGUCUACUUCGCCGACAUUGAUGGAAGACGAACCUCCGGUGCAGCCGAUAACCGCGGUCAACCGGAAGAACAGCAUCAAAUCGACGGAGCUCAAGUCCGAACAAGAGAAAUUGGACGAGUGCAUGACCGAAGAGAUUUUGCGGUCGGUGUUGACGGACGAGAGCGACGGUGACGACAUGAUCACCGAGGCUUUUGUCAAGAAAAAAGGCGUGUCAAAGAAAACGAAAAAAGGCAGAAAAGACCGGAAAAACGGAGGGAACAAGAAAGAAAUGACCGAUGCUAUGAAGAGGGAACUAGAACAGAAGAUGCGUGAAGAGUUCGCGCAGCUGUCCCGGCUCAAGAACCAAGACCUGGCGCCCAGGUGGUCCAACGGUUGGAUAUGGCAGGGAAAACCGUUCAAACGUCCCGUUUACCUUGAGAACGACGAUACACCAGUGUUGAGGAAAUGUUACCCGUGCAUGCGUCACAUGCAAGGCGACACCAUAUACGCUAGGGACUGUGUACUUCUCAAGUCAGGUUCUCGGAAAAACGAUUUGCCGUUCAUCGCCAAAAUCGCCAACUUGUGGGAAGACCCCGUCAACGGAGAAAUGAUGAUGUCACUGCUGUGGUACUACAGGCCAGAACACACGAAACAGGGACGGUUGAAGGAAGACAUGCCCGACGAGCUGUUUGCUUCCAAGCACAGAGACGUCAACAGCGUGGCGUGCAUCGACGACCGGUGUUACGUGUUGACGUUCAACGAGUACUGCAGGCACCGGAAGCACGUGAAGUCGGUACAAGAGAACUUGGUGCUGUGCAAGGCGGUGGUGCCGCCGUUGCGCGAGGCCAACCCGCGGGCCAGACAGCUGCCCGGCGACGGCGCGCCGGCCGAUCUGAUAUUCUUCUGCCGCCGCGUGUACGAUUGCCGGCAGAAACGGCUGCUGAAGAAGCCGACGCUCUGACCUAGACGCCUCCGCCGCGCCAUCGUCCUCCUCGCCGCGCACCAUCGCCGACGCCGUCUCCGCGGUUUUUCCACGCCRCGGUCGUCGUGCWUAUAUUAUUUAUUAUUAUGACUAUUUUACUAUUAUUACGUGUACCGUUUCGAUAUUUGUAUUCGCUCUUUUCUUAAAUUAUUAUUAUUAUUAUUAUUUUAUUGUCGAACGUUGCACGACGAGAUGCUACGCGCGACAUCAUAAUAUUACAUUAUAUAUUAUCUGUACGACCGAUUUAUGGGCAACAAAAAAAAAAA